AUGUCGAAGAAAAUCGUGGUGAAGCUGCACCUGCACGACAACAAGGACAAGCAGAAGGCCAUGAAGGCUGUCUCGGCGCUCACCGGUAAUCAUGGCAUCUUCUUCCUCUCUGCUGUUUCUGAUCGUGCGUCUAGGAGAGCAGCGACGCCUAACAACCGUGCCCUGCUGGUUGUGCUGUGUGCAGGCAUCGACGAGAUAUCCGUGGACAUGGCGUCGCACAAGAUGACGGUGAUCGGCAUGGUGGACCCGGUGAACGUGGUGAGCAAGCUGCGCAAGGCCUCGUGGUCAGCGACCAUCGACUCCGUCGGCCCGGCCAAGGAGCCCGAGAAGAAAGAAGAGGAGAAGAAGGACGGCGGCGAGGAGAAGAAGGACGGCGGCGAGGCAAAGAAGGAAGGCGAGGGGGAGAAGAAGGAAGACGGCGAGGGGGACAAGAAGAAGGACGGCGACGGCAAGAAGGCGGCGCCGCCGACGGAGCAGCAGGUCCUCGCCGAGCUGAUGAACCAGUACCGGGCGUACUACCCCUACCCGUACCCGCACAUGAUCACCCCCGCCCACUACUACGUGCAGAGCAUGGAGGAGAACCCCAACUCCUGCACCAUCUGCUAA